AUGGACAUGGACGAGGAGCAAUGGGCUCCUCAAGCUUCCAACCAGGGAAGGUUUCCCUCUCCUUCACUCAAGCGCACAAGAAGCCCGGGUCAUCAGCGUGAUUCGCUCAAGAGCCGAUACAGCCCAGGAAGACCAGGAUCGCGGCGACAUCAGAGAUGGAGGAACGAGAUGGAUAUGAGAGAGCCUCUUGACGAAGCUGAGCUUCGAGAGCUGUUUUCCAUGAAUUGGAAGUCCAAAUUUGAAGAGCUCUUCGAGGGUGAAAACAUGCAGCUCUGGAAUGAGUUUUGCAUGUCGAGUGAGGAGGAACAGCGAGCUAUGCUGAAGACGAUGAAUCCUGAAGUGAAAGGUCCUACGAAGCUCAGCCCAACCGAUGAUCCGAAGAUGCUGUUCAAUCGUUUGGAUAGAAGAGUGAAGACUCUCUUAAAGAAAGGAGUUGCGAGAGAUUUUGUCAUUGAGUUCGAGACGGCAUUGUGCAAGCUUUUGCAUCCCAGCAAGUACAUGGACGUCAAGGACGACGAAAAGGAAGCAACACUUGAAGUUCAUUCCUCAAGCACAGGAGCUUCUGUGGUGCUCCAGGACUCCAUGAAGAGAAUGCUGGCGCAUGCAAUCUGUCUAUUUCACUCAGUGCAGAGCUUCACUCGGGACAGCAAGGAGACCAAGGGAGAGAAGCGUCUUAUCAUGUCUUGGAACAGAGAAGAGUAUGCCUCGUCCGUUCACCCGCGAAAGCUCCUGCAUGAGUACCUGGAGGAGAUCGGAUAG